AUGGUCGUCGUCCUCCUCCUCAAAUCGGUGGAGCACGGUUUCCACACCUGCCCUGGGGACCGGCCCCUGGCCGCGCACUUCUGCGGCAACGACCCGGAGGUGCUGCUGGCGGCGGCCAAGCACGUGGCCGACCGCGUGGACGCGGAACACCAGUCGCUCGGUUGCGCCCUGCGACGCAACGCCGCCGAUCCUGGCGGCGACGCGGGCGCCGCUGGCCGAGUGGCUGGCGUUCCGGGCACGCCGAGGCGGCGGCAGAGCGCGCGCAUCGCUUGGACGCAGGCUUGGGGCCCGCUGGGCUGCUGCGAGCUCGACGCGCAGGCGCGCCGCGCGGCCGGGCAGCGAGCGCCGCCGCGGGGGCACUGCGCUGCGGGCGGCGCCAGGAGCAAUCGGUCGGCGCUCGAGGCCUCCUACCUUUCGCUGUCGGCACCUUGCAUGCCUAGCCGCCCCAGCUGGCGCAACCCCUACCUCCAGAAGCGGCAUCUUCUUGUCCGCCAGGCCCCCGCGCCAGAGGACCGCCCGCUGCUGCUCUCGAUCGUGAAGCGGCUGGCGGACGGGCUUGCCGUGCCAGUGUUCUGCAAGGUGCGCCUGCUCGACACCCCGGACGCCACCGUGCGCCUGGUGCGGCAGCUGGAGGCCUCCGGCGCGGCCCUCAUCGCCGUGCACGCCCGCUACCGCGGGACGCCCACGCACCGCCGGGACGGCCCGGCGCACCUGGACCAGGUGCCGGCGCUGAAGCGGGCGGUGCGCGUCCCCGUGCUGGCGAACGGCAACGUGCGGUCGUGGAGCGACGUGGUCGCCAACCUGGAGUCCACCGGCGCCGAUGGCGUCAUGUCUGCGGAGGGCAUGCUGGACGACCCGUGCCUCUUCGCGCCAGGCGGCGGCUCUAGCCCCAGCUCGGCCGGCCUCGGCGGCGCGGCGCAGCUGCGGAAGCUGGAGAAGAAGCUGAGGCAGGUUGAGGCCCUGAUGCAGAAGGCCGCUGCGGGCGGCACACUGUCGAAGGAGGAGGCGGAGAAGGUGGGCUCGCGCAGGGAGCUGCGGAGGCAGCGCCGAGCGCUGCGCGGCGGGGGCGACCCUGCCGCGCAGGAAGGCGGCCGUUCGGCGGAGCCGCCCGCGAGGGCGGGCGGGCGGGCCGUGCCUUCGGACGGGCUGCAGAAGGCGAGGCUCUACCUCGAGAUGUGCGCCAGGCACCAGAUGCCUAUUCUGCCCACAGUGCUCUUCCACAUCCGGAGGAUGGCGAAGAGCGAGCUCACACAGUACCAGCUCUUGGACGAGUUCAAGGCCUCUUCCGACCUCGGGGCGGCGCAGAAGGUGUUGGCGCUGGCGGAAGGGUACAGGGACAGGCCCGGCACCUUCGUCUACGACGAGGACAAAGCUCGGAGGGCCCGCGAGCUGCUGGAGAAGCGGGCCUACGAGGAGGCCUGCCGGCGCAAGUACGAGCAGCGCAUGGAGCGCAAAGCGAACAAGAUGGGUGUCCCGCUGGCCAGCUUGCUGAAGCCGACCAAGGUGCCCGGCGGCCAGCUGAAGGGUGCCCCAGACCCCAGCUGGCUGCAGGAGAACGAGGCCACCGCGGAGUGA